AUGGAUGAAAUUUCUAAAGGCAUUGUCUUUCCUUUAAAAGAAGAAAAUAUAGAAAAAGAAAAAAAAAAAGUAGAAUUGGAAAAUCAAAUUCAAAUAAAUUUUCAUCUGCCAUGUGGUAACACAGUAGUUAUGCAUGAAGAAGCCAGUAUAGAAGUUGGUUAUUUAAAAUUAAUAUUAUCUAGAAAAUUACAAAAACCAUAUAAUCAAAUUAAUUUAGCUUACAAUAAUAAUAUUAUGCUUGAUCCACUUUCAGUUAUAGAUAUAAUUAAAGAAAAGUCGUCAAUCAUACAUAUAGAUGUUAAUUAUAUUGAUUGA